CAGCCCCUGUGGUCGCCUCCACACACACACACACACACACACACCCUUCUGUUCACCUCUCUCUGGAAAACUCGGUCAUUUUGGAGUCCGCUCGAGCUCAACAACAUGGCAUCAAAAUGCUCAGGAUGUGGGCCAGGAUACAAAAGCCCUCUUGAUGCUAUGAAAGGGCCUCGAGAAGAAAUUGUUUACGUGCCCUGCAUUUACCGCAACACUGAAGUCCGAAAACCUGAUUACCUGGCAACAGUAAAUGUUGAUCCUAAAUCCCCCAAUUAUUGCAAGGUGAUUCACAGGCUGCCCAUGCCCAACGUGAAUGAUGAGCUGCACCACUCAGGCUGGAAUGCUUGCAGCAGCUGUUUUGAUGACCCCUCCAAAAAGCGUAAUCGGCUCAUUUUACCAUCUCUCAUCUCCUCCCGUGUCUACGUAAUUGAUGUGGGCACAGACCCCCAUGCCCCACGAAUUCACAAGACAGUAGAACCUGUCGACAUGUUUUGGAAAUGCGACUUGGCCAAUCCUCAUACAUCUCACUGCCUGGGCAGUGGCCAAAUUAUGAUCAGUACCCUGGGUGACCCAUCAGGAAAUGGCAAAGGUGGGUUUGUGUUGCUGGAUGGUGAGACAUUUGAAUUAGUUGGCAACUGGGAGUUACCUGGUGAAGCACGACCCUUUGGCUAUGACUUCUGGUACCAACCACGCCAUAACGUCAUGAUAAGCACUGAAUGGGGAGCACCAAAAAGGCUCGCAAAUGGCUUCAAUCCUGCAGAUCUUGAAGCUGGUCAUUAUGGGCAGUGCCUCCAUGUGUGGGACUGGAACACUCACAAGCACAUCCAGACUCUGGAUCUGGGAGAAGAGGGUGCAAUACCUCUAGAGAUCCGUUUCCUGCAUGAUCCUGCAGCAGCGGAAGGCUACGUGGGCUGUGCACUGCAGGGAACAGUCUUCCGCUUCUAUAAAACUCAGAAAGGAGAUUGGGCUGCAGAGAGAGUAAUCAAGGUUCCUGUUAAAAAAGUAGAGGGGUGGAUCCUGCCUGAGAUGUCAGGUCUCAUUACUGACAUUUUAAUCUCGCUGGACGAUCGCUUCCUGUACUUCAGCAACUGGUUGCAUGGUGACGUUCGACAGUAUGACAUCACUGACAGGAGAAAUCCCCAUAUGGUGGGCCAGGUCUUUCUUGGAGGCAGUAUUCAAAAUGAUGGCCCUGUCAAGGUAUUGGAGGACUCUGAGCUGGACAGUCAACCAUCUCCAAGGAUUGUGAAGGGUAAGCGGAUAAAAGGAAGUCCACAGAUGCUGCAGCUGAGCCUGGAUGGCAAACGGCUCUACGUAACCACAUCUCUGUACAGUGCGUGGGACAAGCAGUUCUACCCUGAGCUCAUCAAGUACGGCUCAGUAAUGAUGCAGAUUGACGUUGACACAGUGAAGGGUGGCUUGAGGCUCAAUGAAAACUUCUUGGUGGAUUUUGGAGCAGAGCCUGAGGGUCCUGCACUUGCCCAUGAGGUCCGAUACCCUGGAGGCGACUGCACCUCUGACAUCUGGCUGUGAAGCAGCUGCUCACACACUUAUUCCUCUCACAUUUGCUUAUAUUACUGUCCUUUUCGUUUUCCAAUAUCAAAAGAUGACUGGUAAAAUAUGAAUUGCAGCAUUCGUUAAUGUGUACUGUGGAUUCAGUAAGUACUCAGACCCCUUAGAUUUUUGGGGGAUUUGAUUUUGAAGUAGUAUAAUUGACAUUUCAUCAGUUUACACUUAAUCUCUUCUAAUGACAAGUAUGAAUUCUUCACAUUUAAAAAAAACAGCAAAAAUUAUCCACUCCAAAAUAAAAGACAUAACAAGAUAAAUACAUGGUAUUAAAACCUAAAAUAGCAAAUAAGAGUAGAGAAAAAAAAAUUAAAUAAUUUAAAUAAUAAAACAAAGUUCCUUUCCUGUAUUAAUAGAUCUGCAACUGGUCCCCAUCAUUUUAAAAACGAAAACUGAAAAAUGAAUUUGCAAUUUUGCUGUAACAUGCCAACAUGUGGACAGGGGCAUCCUGUUUGCUUUGUUUGCUGUAAUCAUCUUUAAGGUGUGUCUAAAGCUCAAUAGAUGUCCACCCAAAGCAAUUUAUAUUGAUUGAUCAUCAAUAUAAAGUGGAAAGGCACACCCCUGAAAAGAUCCAAAAGGAUCCACAUGUUACACUGGUGUGUCAGGUGAAAUUAAAGGAACUUACAGUAGAUUUUCUUAAUGAGCUUAUAGCAAGACAUAGAUCAGGGCAAGGAUAUAAAGCAAUAUAUAAAGCUUUGAGUGUUCCCAGUCAGUAGUAGAGGCAGGCGAUAUGGCCUUAAAAUAAUAUCAUGAUAUUUCACUGUAUUUUCAUGAUAACGAUACUCUUGGCGAUAUGACAAAACAAUAAAUUCUAAAAGAAAAAAAAGGAAAUUCAAGAAUACACUACUGCAACAAAAUAAAAUUAAAAUUGCAUAAGUCAAUGAUCUAGAAUGUCAUGAUACUAAAAAUGCUCUUCAUAUAUGAAGUAAAACAAUGAUGUUGGACAGAUAUAAUCUGUCUCUACUAGAUAAAUAAUAGGAGAACAGUGUGAAUUUUUCGUUUGCUAAAAACAGCAUAAAGUAGUACCCUAAUGUGAUAAUUAGGGUUGGGUGAUGUAGCACAAUAUUUCAGGGUAUAAUUUUGUUCAUGAUAUUUAAAAUUGUUGCCGUUAUUAUUGAGUGAGGUACAACAUGGCACACCCCUAGUCCGUGGCUUCAAUAAUAAUAGUAAGGGUUUUGGACAUGUGCUAAAAAAAAUAAACUCCUUAAAAUAGGUCAUAUGGUCAGAGGUCAUAUGAAGAGAUGUGAGAACCUAAUAGAUGGACCACAUUCUCUACAAUACUCCAAAAGGCCUUUAUGGCAGAGUGGUAACACCGAAGACACUGUUGAGUAAAAGGCAUACGAAAGUCUCCUUGAAGUGAAAUUUUUGUUAAUGAACACCCAUGGGUUUUAACAAUCUAUAGCGCACUAGUUAAUUGCGCUUUGGCAUCUGGAUUUAGGGGCGUGGAUUUAGCUCCAACGGCGCAAAGGGCGUGUUUUAAUUCCCUUAAUUAUUCAUGGGUGUGUUUUGGGCGUAACGUGAAAUAAACCGAUCAGUGUGUCACUAUCCAUCCCCUUUAAGACACAGCUGCGCACUGACUUCUGUUCAUUCCUAUUUAAAGAGUGCAUAGGAAACUGCGCCGUCACGCUGUGAAGAUACACCUGCAGCUUAGGGAAGAGUAAAGUUAUUCUUUAUUCUGUUUAUUGUUUAUGUAAAAACUGGGUUUGCAACACUGAAUAUUAAUCAAGCAAUAGAUUAUUUACACUGAAGGAAAAAUGUGACAUUUUAAAAAGAUCAUACAAAUUUACAUAAAAAGGAAAUAAUUUAUAGCUUAUGAAGAAAAAACUAAUAGCAGUGAGAGUAAAGUAAAAUGAUAAGAAUGAUAAGAGAUUAUCAAAUUUAUAUCAAUAAACUAAGAACAUGGGAAUCAUUGGGGGAAAAAAUAUAUAUAAUAAAUAUAUAUAUACUAUUUGAUCAAUAAAAGGAUAAAAAUAAAUAAAAAUAAAAUAUAAACUCAUUAAAAACUCAUUUAAAACAAUCACAGGCUUUCUGCACAGAAUAAUAAAUGUUUUAGUUAGUUUCAGUUUCAAAUCAUGAAAACAGCUCACCAAAACCUCUUUAUAUUUGACAAUAUUUGACUAACUUACAGGUCCUUACUCAUUUUUAUUUAACUGAACUGAAAGAGAGCAAGAGAAAGAGAGAGAAGCACAGCGCAUUUUGCAUGAUUUCUCUUAAUUAAUUAUGUAUGUAGCUAUGUGAGUUUAAUAACAUGAAUUUUACUAUACUUGUCCGACCUUAUUUAUUAAAACGUUUUUAUUUUUUUUUAGAAGAGGUUAUUCUGCGCACAAUGCCAUGCACGCUGUGCCAAGCUCCACUUUGCGUGUCUGUGAAAUUUUAGAGCACUGGAGAAGAUUUAAAUUAAUAAAUUCAUACAUUUAAUAUUUUAAUACAUUUGCCCUGGUGAUAAGAAAUGAAUGCUGACUUAUAGCUUUAUAUUUUUGUGUAUUUCAAAUGUUUUAAGUUUUAUAUAAUUGGCGGGCAGCACCACACGCCUGGGUGACAACGUGCUUUAUUUUUCAGAUAUAAAAAUGAAGUUCAGUUAAAUAAUAGCAAAGUUAAAUAAAAUAAAUUUAUGUUCAGUCAACGUCCUUUGGGGGGAUCAAUCGCGCAAUCCGUUUUUCCACCACCAAGAUAGAAACACGCCAGAAAUUUACCUGAACACACGUAAUUUUCAGACCACCAACGCCCAUCGGCGUUAAUAUAUUCUAAAAGUCCAUUGCUAUUGUGAGGACGCUUGUGCAAGGCGUAAAAAAAUAGACUGUUGACGGGGUGUACGAUGGCAACGCGCCAUGCUACAUGCCUUGCGCGGGGUGUUAGAUAGGGCCCAUGGACAUUAAUUCAGAGAAACAUGGUGGCGGUAGCAUCAAGCUUUGCAGGUGCUUUUUAAUAUCAAAAAGGGGGGGGGAGCAUUGUUCAAAAUGCACGCAAAAUCACACUGCGACACCUUUUAACACAACAAUGAGUUGAAAUAUGCAAUCAAAGUUCUGUUAGAGUUCUUGUAGCUGUUAGUUGUGCCAGUGAUGUUUAAGGGAUAUAAAUAACAAUUAUAUUUACUCAAAAUCAAAUUCAUCGACAUCACAAAUUGAAGAAAAUGUGUCUGUAUAAUUUCUGAAUCUUCGAGCAUGAAGGGUCCAUGUUGUAAUAACCUGUUUUGCAAUAAGAAGAUGCAAAUGUAUUUUUGUAAAACUAAUUUUUUGUGUACUAAAAGAAACAACAGUUAUUACUUUUGUUAUGAACUUUUCAGUAAAUAAAAUUAAGCUACCAAAA